AUGGUAUAUAAGAAGCACAUAACACCCUUCUAGCUCAAGCUACCAAUAACCCUUUUCACAUUGUUACUAGCAACUUCUAUCCAUAAAGUUUCACUCAUAAACUUUCCACAUAUGGAAUUGGAUUUUGGUAUGGAUUUUGAGGAUUACUUUCCAUCCAUGAUUGCACGUUUUGGAGCAGAAGGGUUUAUAAGUGAACUUUGCAAUGGUUUUCGUUUGCUUAUGGAUGUGAACAAAGGUCUUAUAACAUUUGAGAGCUUGAAGAUGAAUUGUUCCAUGCUUGGUUUGGAGGUUAGGGAUGAUGAGCUAGUUUGCAUGCUAAUGGAAGGUGAUUUGGAUGGAGAUGGUGCUUUAAAUCAAAUGGAGUUUUGCAUUCUCAUGUUUAGGUUGAGUCCAUGUUUAAUGGAUGGACCUAAAAUGUGCAAUACUAUUACUACUCAUCAAGGUGCGGAUCCUAUGUUAAUGCGAUGUAACUCUUCUAUCUAACUCUCAUUUCAUUAGAUGUUUAUGAUUUAAUUUAUAUACACCGUAAGUUAAGAGAUAUUUUACACUGUCAAUAAAUCAUAUUCGUUUGAUUAUUUUAUGGUCAGACAAAUAAUUGUUUGUGAUUUAUCAACAGUGUAACAUUUUUAAUACUGAUGGUGUAUAAAAAUUAAAUUAUCAUCUAUUUCUCUUAUUUAGUAACAUAACUUUUGUCAAGAGAAUUGAGAGUUAGCUAAAAGAUGUUAAUUAAUUAAGAGAAUAUUAGUUAUUAUUGUAGCACUCGUAAUUAAUUAGUCUAUGUUCCAAAAAUAAAUGUCUUUGUAACCUCUUUCUUUGUUUCAAAUGUAACCAUGUUUCUUUUUUAAGAAUAAAAAUUGUAAUCACUAAUCAUGUUCAA